AAAUCAACAUGGUGUUCCAAUUUGACAAGUUCUGCUAAAAUCAGUGAUAUUUUACCCGAUUUUAUGCUUAUCUUACAUAUGAAAUGUGCAGCGGUGUGAAGUAGUCGUGAAAACAGAUUCAGAGCAUCAGUGGGUAAAUGUAGAUCGAUGCAGAGCAUAUCAGUAACUCGAGCCUUGUCCACUGGUUGGAUAUUCCAGGUGAAUCUCUGAUCGACAACAAAAAAUUUGGAGGCUGGCCCCACCAAAGAUGACAUUUUCUAAUCAAACGGGUAAUGCUUAGAACACUGCCAACAUGCUGAUAAAGGAAUAUCGCAUCUGUCUGCCCAUGACAGUGGAAGAGUACCGGAUUGCUCAACUCUACAUGAUACAGAAAAAGAGUCGGGAAGAGUCCUCCGGGUCUGGAAGUGGUGUUGAGAUUCUAGUCAAUGAGCCAUACAAAGAUGGUCCUGGUGGCGAUGGGCAAUAUACUUACAAAAUAUAUCAUAUCGGUAGCCAUUUACCAGGCUGGUUGAAGACAAUCCUGCCCAAGUCUGCCCUCAGGGUAGAAGAGGAAGCAUGGAACGCCUACCCCUACACCAAGACAAGAUACCGCUGUCCGUUUGUGGAAAAAUUCAUGCUCGAGAUUGAAACGCGUUACUGCAAUGAUGGCGGCCACCAAGAAAACAUAUUUUCUUUAUCAGAGGCGGACUUGCGUGCGAGAACUGUUGAUUACAUGGACAUCGUGAAGGAUUCAAUAUCAAGCGGUGACUACCGAAAAGAGGAGGAUCCGAAACUAUUCAUAUCAGAUAAAACUGGGCGGGGACCAUUGACGGAAACCUGGCACACGGAUUACGUGGAGGCGCAGGAGCAGCAGAUCGGUAACAAACAUAUCAUGUGUGCUUAUAAACUUUGUCGAGUUGAAUUCAAGUACUGGGGAAUGCAGACCAAGAUUGAGAGAUUUAUCCAUGACAUUGGGCUGAGAAAGACAAUGCUGAGAGCUCAUCGACAAGCGUGGUGCUGGCAGGACGAGUACCACGGCUUAGAACUCAGUGAUAUCAGGGAAUUAGAACGACAGGCACAGUUAGCCUUAGAGGAGAAAAUGAGGCGUUUUAGAGAAAUGGAGGAUGGGGAAACAGACACCAAUGGGACAAAACCGAAUGGGGAAAGUGCACAAAAGCUACCUGACCGAGAUGAAGUUUUUGAUAAUCACAAUUCAUCAUCAUCGGGACGUCCGGGCUUGGAGAUACACAAGAAACCUAUGAGGCGAUGGGGGUCUUUUAAAAAGACACCCUCUAAGUCCAAGUUGGUUAGCCCCAUGGUUAAGCCAUGGAUUACUAGUAGUUCUCCCCAAAAGGGCGAACCAGGUUCCAGCAUGUCCAUAUCAGACUGGAGGGUGGAGAGCUUAGAGAAGUUACAGGACACAAGUUCUGAUGAUGAGUUCUUUGAUGCCAUGGACGACCUGGGACCACCAGAUGCCAGUUCACUAAAGCUUUAUCGUGCUAGUUCAAUGGAAAUGGUUAGUGAUGAGUUUGCAGACUGCUCUGCAAGCCCCAGUGCUUCUGGUCGAGGCUCAAAUUUCUUUGCCUCAUCAUUCGAUCAGAAAUUAGAAUUCUACAAAAAUAAUCUUCAGCCUGGCAAUCAGAGUCUAGACAUGUCACUCCCAGCUACCGGGAGCACCUCACCGUCCAGCCAACAGAGUAAAACCACAGUCCUUUUCAUGGUGUUACAUGGAGGCAGUAUGUUGGAUGCUGGCCAAGAUCAGUCAUCCAAACGUGCUGAUGUCAGCACAUUCAAGACGACUUUGGAUUCCAUUGUACGCGCUCACUAUCCCUCAGCUGUCGGCCAUAUUUCUGUUCGUCUUGUGCCAUGUCCACCAGUAUGUGCUGAGGCAUUGGCCUCCCUUUCCAGCCUAAGUCCAUACAGUUUUGAUGCUCAAUCUCCCAACAAUCUAAAUGUAGACCAAGGUGCAGUUGUAACCAACGAUUAUAUCCCGCUUGGAGCCAUACCUCUGUUGACUGUGUCCAGCCAAGAAUAUAAAGACAGUGUCGGCAAGGUCAUAGCUAAGACGAACCAGGUGUUCAAUGAUUUCCUCCACACUGAUGAAGGAAAUACUUUCGCUGGCCAGGUCAUACUCAUCGCUGACAGUAUUGGUUCAAUAUUUGGCUACGACUGCUUGUGUCGGUCGCAUGCGUACAGCCGCAACAAUAGUCACAACAGCAGUCAUGGCAGUAUCCAUGACAGUGAUCACGACAUGGACAAAGAAAGCGAACUUUCCAGUUCCGUGUUCAGAAAAUCAAACCUAGAGACGAUAAAACAACUCAGUUUCUCAAAUCCGGAUUUGACGCCGACGGAAGAAAACAAGACGAUGUUGACGCAGACAGGGUCUUUCCAGCACAAACGUGGCCGGAGUGAAACAUUGGACGAAACGCAUAAAUCCAUGCCGAAUUCUCCAUACACGAGACAUUUAUCUCUACCGGGAUCGAAAUAUAAUAGUUACCCGUUAGAGCACAAUUCGUCGUGUUUUGAAUUUGAUGUGACGGAUUUCUUCAUGUUCGGAUCACCGCUUGCGAUGGUGUUGGCAUUGCGGAGGUGUCUUCUGGGUGGUGACCGAUUCACUCUUCCUCAGAGGCCGAACUGCCACCAAAUGUACAACCUAUUCCACCCUACCGAUCCCUCAGCUGGUCGCCUCGAACCUUUCCUCAAUCAUAAAUUCAAGCUGGUCGCGCCAAUGAAGAUCGCACGCUACAGCAGAUAUCCUCUUGGUGACGGGGAAUCAGUACACUUAGUUGAAACAAUACAAAGUAACUCAGAAUCGCUCCUGAUGGAUGGUAUGGUUGUUGAUAAGCCACACCUGGAACGUCGGACAAGCAACAUGAGUAUCAUGAGUCAAGUGUCUGGCCAUGGCGAAAUCAAUCUGGCGGCCAUUGCUGCAGUGACGAAACGCUGGUGGGGUGCCAAGCGCCUUGACUAUGCACUCUACUGUCCCGAGGCUCUCAACUCUUUCCCAACGAAUGCACUGCCAUGUCUCUUACAUGCAAGCUACUGGGAGUCCAGCGAUGUUGUCUCAUUCAUACUCAGACAGAUGAAUGGUCCCGAAUUUGAUAAGGUUAUCCGCCAUGACAGUAUAAGUAUACGUGGUUCAGACGGUAGCAAAGACGCACCGAUGUUUACACCAGCCCAGCCUAGGGAAAAAUGGAUGAAGAGACGCACUACUAUCAAACUUAGGAAUGUAGGACCCAAUCAUCGUGCUAACGACGUAAUAGUACUGGAAGAUGGUCCACAGGUGUUGGUGGCUCGGUUCAUGUAUGGACCUCUUGAUAUGGUCUCGCUCUCUGGUGAGAAGGUUGAUAUUCACCUGAUGACGCAGCCCCCACUAGGCGACUGGCUCUACCUUGGCACCGAGUACACCGACGGUAAUGGCCGUGUCUCUUUCACCAUACCUGAGGAGAAGAAGUUCACGCAGGGAAUGUACCCAGUCAAGAUGGUGGUCAGGGGAGACCACACGACCGUCGACUUCUACCUGACGGUGCUGCCACCUCAGACUGAGAGUGUUGUGUUCAGUAUCGAUGGUUCUUUCACCGCUAGUGUCUCCAUUAUGGGAAAAGAUCCUAAAGUUAGGGCUGGAGCAGUCGAUGUUGUGAGGCAUUGGCAAGAACUAGGUUAUCUGAUAAUUUAUGUGACAGCUCGGCCAGAUAUGCAACACAAGAAGGUUGUCAGCUGGCUGGCGCAGCAUAACUUCCCGCAUGGAAUGGUCUCCUUCAUGGACGGCCUGUCGGCUGAUCCUCUCAGACAGAAGGCACUCUAUCUCAAGUCGCUGAUUAAUGACGCUAAAAUUGUGAUUCAUGCCGCCUACGGGUCGAGUAAAGACAUAUCUGUGUAUCAGUCUCUGGGUGUGAAGGCAGAGCGCAUCUUCAUUGUGGGGAAGGCAUCGAAAAAACAACACUCGCUUGCAACGGUACUGGAUGAUGGGUAUGCAGCCCACUUGAGUGCCCUUCUUGCCCACGGCGGCUCCAAGGCAGCCGUCGGCAACGCACGCAUGGUGAUACGGAAAGGAUGCUUCGGUCUACCCGGACAGCUAAAGAGAGGCAAAAGCAGCAAAAAAUAUGCAAAGAGAACAACGUCACUCCCGCCUCAAGCUUCUGGGUCAUCUGCCCCUGAAUUCAAAUGUCACCAUGACUCUCUUGCGGUUGAGAGUCCAGGGAUUGGGAUCAGUCAGGCGGGGAAUACCGUUGUAGAUCAAGGGGUCCCGGACCACGGCGUGGCUAUGCGUGCGCGGGGAUCCUCCCCGCGACCCAAAGUUCCCGCGUUUCGAUACGAAUCGCAGGUAUGAUACAAAAGAGUCUUGUUAAUCUUUUUAAGCACUUUAGUAUGAAGAAACACUUUAGUAUGAAAGUACACGUAUGUCUGUCAGCACUUAGAGGAUUUAGAUUUUUUAGAUUUCAAGAAUCCUUUCGGAUAUGUUAUGAGAUUGUUCAACAUUUGUUCAAUCAUCUUGUCUCGUGAAAUUCAAAAAUCUGAAUUAUCGAUUAUCAGUUUAGUCUACUUAGAAUUGAUUCUUCAAUAUUUCUUCAAGAAGAAAAUGUGUUUUCAUCCAUGAAAACGAAGUUGGUUGACUUUAUUUUCUGCCUCUGUAUGAAAUGAUUAUAAUGUCAAGUCGGAGUUGUAAUCCACCUAAGUGUAAUUCUUCUGGGUGUGCGUGAAACUGGAAAAUAGUUUCCUGAGAACUAUUUGAGAACAUAGUAUAUUUUCUGCAAUGGUGUCUUGACUGAUUCGUGUCAAUGUACGUUUUUUACAACAUUCUAACCAAUGAGAACAUAUUAAGUAAUACCAAAGUUUUACAAAUUGUCGUGUACCAGUGUAUGUAACUUUUGACAGUGAUUGUAAACUCAUGUAAUUAGUGCAGAAAAAUGUUAAUUGAUAUAUCAAUAUAAUUAAGAAUCUAAUUUACCAGAGAAACAUUCCUUUAUUUCAUAUGGAAAAGGCGUUUUGUUUGUAUAGGAAUUUUUCAUUUUCGAUACUGUUAAUACUUUGUGUAGUUUGUUGAAUUUUCCAUUGUGAAUUGUGGAAAUGUUUCUGUUAAUAUCUGUUAUAAAAUAUUAUAUAACGCUAAUUUAAAAUAAUACUCAACCAAGUAUCAAUCAAAUUGAGUGUGUGUUCAGGAGUUUCAACACAUUUGCUUGCGUUUGGAUGUAGCUGCAAGGGACAUUAUAAUCAUUGUUCUUGUAUGCUUUCGAAAUCGAGGGAUAGACUUUGAAUCACAAAUGGAAUCGAAAGUUUUGACAAUGGGUGUACCGAAAAAAAUAAAGAUCAAUUUCAUGUGGCAAUAUGCUGGUUAACGGGGGACUCUAAGUGACCAUUUUAUUUCCCAAAAAAAUCUGUUUCAAGGCACAGAGAUUUUUUUCUCACCCCUCAUUUGCGGGCUAUCUGAAGAUGGCUUGGAAUUGCCUGGAAACAAAUUAAAUGCAAAUUAAUUUGAUGUGAAAACUGAAAUGCAAUAGACUAUUAUUUCCUCACAAGGUAAAAGGCAGGAUGGUCUUAUGAAUGAUUAUGAGGUAAUUGCUGUUUUGUACACAUUCAGUACUGUAAAACAUGCAGCAACUAUAAACUUCAAAGCAUUAUAACUUUGCUCACAUUUUAACAUCUGGACUAUGGUUCCUUCCAGGCUCGAUUGAAAAAGCAAGAUGGUGCUCCAUCAGCAUUGAUCGAUGAAUGCUGCCUUCUGCCUUGUGAGGGCAGAAUAGAAAUUUGUUGUUUUGUCAAUUGCUUAGAGAGCCUGGAUUUGUGAUGUACAGGUUUUUCCUCUGCCUAUAUCCCUGUACGUAGGGGUUUAGGUAAAUAUAAAUGUAACACCAAAUUUGUUUGUGAGAUUGUUUGUGUUAAAUAUCAUAAUAUCAGCCGAUGUCAGAUCAGGAAGGGGCAGAUAGGUACUAAUGUGCUUGGAACCUCUAAUGCACUGACCCUUUUUGGUGGGAAAAUUUCACCCAUGUGGUCAGUCAGAAGCUUUUCAAGUUCUGAACUCUUCGUUGUCAACAGAUAUCGAGAUGGCAAAUAAGUUGAGGAACUUUACUCUAAUGCUCAGUCUCAAACUUGAUUCUAAAUAAUAUGAAAAGUUAAAUCUACAAAAAUCAAAGGCGGUAACCAAUGCACUAGUGGGCAAAACCACUCCCUUCCUAUCUGUCUCCUUCUGUAAAAUGACAAGAAGCUGAUAUACAAUGUAGAAAAUGAGUCCAAAUCUGUACAUACGACCUGUGUAUUUUGUAAGAAGUUAAAAUACGUUUUUCAGUUGUUUAAGCUUCUUUUACAUUGUAAUUGGCGUGGAAUGGUGCAAUUUUUUGGCUAUAAUGAUUUUGAGGCCAUUGCUGCAGAUAGAAAAGCCUUAUGUUUGUUUAAGAUUCUCGUUUGUCUCUCCUUGCUGUUUAAUACAGGAACAAUGUGAUAAUUUUCUUUGAUUAUUUCUAAACCAUUUCAAUCGCAAAAGUUAUAUGUUAAACGAAAAAGUUGCUUCUACCCCUGUGAUGACACAGGGUUCCGUUAUUGUUGUUCUCGAUAAUAUAUGUUUGUUAUGAAUGAAAUAUGAGACUGGAUUUUCAAAGGUGUGUUGAUUCAAAUUGUUACAUUAGGUGAUAAGCUGUGGGUAAUGAAAAUUUCUAAAGUCUAUUGGUAUUACCAAAAAUAUACAAGCUGCUGGUAGACCUUUGGUAUUACCAAUAUGCUGAGUUCAUUGUGCGGUCAGAUGUGCUAAUGUUCAUCACUAUUCACAAGUGGUGUUUUACAUUUUGAAGAGGGGAGGGGGAAUUAAGUUUGUCUUUAUUACCAACUACAGUUUACCGAUUGGAUUCUAAUUGACACCAAGAAUUAAGAAAGAAUCUUGAUAUGUACAAUGUACAAGGCAUCAUUAAAAAUGUUUGCAAUUUGCAAAAGUAAGGUUGAAUGGGGUAAUUGUAGCCCCGGUUUAUUUGUAGCCGCUGCAUUGUUUGAUGCGUGGGAUAUCAAUCAGUAUCACGGGCAGGGGCUACAAUUAAACCGGGGCUACAAAUACCCCAUUCUACCUUAUCUAGGGGGAUACAAUUUCACUCUAGUCGAGGUUCAACAACUAUUCACGAUAUCUAUUCUAAUUUGAAACGGAUCUUUGAAUAACCAGCCUUUGAAUAAAUAGUGAGCCUGAGUCCAUUGCACAAGAUUGUUGGUAGUGAACAGUAAUCAAAAAUACAUGUAUGUUAAGUUCAAUGAGCAUGAUGAGCGAGACUGAUCUGAUGGUCCCAAUGAAUCAACUCACUUGGUCCAUCGAAAGCAGAAUUUUCAAAUCUUCAAAUUGGCAAUCAGUUUGAGUGCUUAUUAAGCACUGUUUCAUCAAUAGCUGUGUUGUGGUUGUAGACAAUUUAAUUUUUAGCGAGUGAUAUUGGUAGUGUUUUUAACAAAUUAUUCUAGAUUAUUAAUACUGUCUAACAGUAAUGGCAGUUGUUGCAUCUAUCAUACUCAUUAGGUGUUCAGCCUUUCCAAACUUUUUGAAAAGUUUAAGAACUUUGACUAUGAAAGAUACUGACGAAAAAAGAGGGUAUUGCUGCAGGUAAAAGGAAAUAUUAAUAUUGCUUAAGUUGACAUUUCUGAUACAAGUUUCUAAUCUAAAAUUGCUAGUGUGUAAUUGUGCUGUGAAGUCAUUAGGAAAGUGAGCGUUUUUAUCGAGAAUUGUCCUUAAAUUUUUGGUGGUAGCCAAAAGCUUUUGUUGGGCUUUAGUGAGCUUGCCCAAGAAUAUCAACAAUGGCAUUUGACUGGUUCAAAUCAUACCAAAACUUUGUUCAAAGUGAUAUUAUAAAAUUAUUGUUGUAUGAAUGUUCUAAUGUAUUUUUCCUUAAUAAAUAACUUAUUGAAAUAUA